AAACAGUUUAUAUUCAUCUCCUCUCGAAAGUUCCACAUUUUUCUGGUCGUUUUGGAGAAAUGCGCACCUUCCAGACAGAUCUUUUUCCUUCGCUAAUCGGGGUAUAGCUUUAACUCUCUCUACCGUUUCCUGUUAUCCAUCGCACUUACUGGCAAACGAACAGAAGCGAAGCUUGAGGGAAGACUCCCUUGAAGGGAAAAUCUAAGUAUUUACAGAAUCUAACUCCGAAGUUCUAGCCUUCUGGAGACGAACGAGUAUGGGUGUGGACUAUUAUAAGGUUCUGCAGGUUGACAAGAAUGCCACCGAUGAAGACUUGAAGAAAGCUUACCGAAAGCUUGCCAUGAAAUGGCACCCUGAUAAGAACCCAAACAAUAAGAAAGAGGCCGAGGCCAAAUUCAAACAAGUCUCAGAAGCCUACGAGGUUCUAAGUGAUCCCCAGAAGAGAGCAGUUUAUGAUCAGUAUGGAGAAGAAGGGCUCAAAGGGCAGGUGCCACCUCCAGAUGCUGGUGGGGCUUCAUUCUUCCAUCCUGGAAAUGGUCCAACAACUUUUAGGUUUAACCCCAGAAAUGCAGACGACAUUUUUGCUGAAUUUUUCGGGUUUUCAAGUCCAUUUGGUGGAAUGGGCGGCGGAGGCGGCAUGAGAGGCGGCUCAAGGUCCUUUGGUGGAAUGUUUGGGGAUGAUAUAUUCAGCUCAUUUGGAGAAGGCAGGCCUAUGAGUCAAGGUCCACGGAAGGCGCCUCCUAUUGAAAACACAUUGCCUUGCAGCCUUGAGGAGCUCUAUAAGGGGACUACCAAGAAGAUGAAGAUCUCAAGGGAACUUGUAGAUGCAAGCGGAAAAACUUUACCAGUGGAGGAAAUCUUAACCAUUGAAAUCAAACCGGGUUGGAAAAAGGGGACGAAGAUCACCUUCCCGGAGAAAGGAAACGAGCAGCCAAAUGUGACCCCUGCAGAUCUGGUAUUCAUCAUCGAUGAGAAACCCCACAGUGUGUUUACAAGGGACGGCAAUGAUCUGAUAGUGACACAAAAGAUAUCACUUGCAGAAGCGCUAACAGGCUACACCGUGCAUCUCACUACUCUGGAUGGUAGGACUUUGAACAUUCCCAUUAACAACGUAAUACAUCCAACCUAUGAAGAGGUUGUCCCAAAGGAAGGCAUGCCAAUUGCUAAAGAUCCUUCAAGGAGGGGCAACCUUAGGAUUAAGUUCAAUAUCAAAUUCCCAACAAGGUUGACAUCGGAGCAGAAAGCUGGAAUCAAGAGACUUUUAGGACCAUGAGACCUUAGUGCCUUAAUGGAGGCUGUGUAUAAUAUUCUCUAUCUUGUGUAUAUCAUCAUCACCUUCUCCUCCUCCUUUUCCAUCUCCUGUUAGAUGGCCUUUCUGUGUCGCUGGUUUGUGUGUUAGGUUGAAACAUUUUCACAAGUAAUAAAACCCAGCAAAAUUAGAUUGAGGAUUGAA